AUGACGCCGUUGGAGGCGGCGGCGGCGGCGGCGGCGGUUGAUGACUGGUCGGAGUGCGCCUUCUCGCUGACCUGCGAGGAGGACUGCGCCGACCUCGGCGACGGCGUCGUAGACGACGGCGAGUUCAUCCCGCUCUACAAUGCCGGCGACGAGGAGGAAGAGGAGUACUUGGAGCAGCUGGUGUUCAAGGAGACCAGCUUCUGCUCCUCCUCCUCCGACUCAGCCGCCGACUGCGACGGCGACGGCGACGGCGACGGAGACGAAGAAUACCCUUCGCUCGUCUCCGAGGAGUGGUUCCGGCAAGCUCGCCUCGCCGCCGUCAAGUGGAUUCUUGAAACCCGCGGGUGCUUCGGCUUCGGCCACCGGACGGCGUACCUCGCCAUCGCCUACUUUGAUAGCUUCCUCCUCCGGCGACGCGUCGAUAGGGAGGCGAUGCCGUGGGCGGCGCAGCUGCUGUCCGUGGCGUGCGUGUCCGUGGCCGCCAAGAUGGAGGAGUGCCAGGUGCCGGCGCUGUCGGAGUUCCACGCCGUCGGCUACGAUUUCGACUCGGCGUCCAUCCGCCGGAUGGAGCUGCUGGUGCUGUCCACGCUCGGGUGGCGCAUGGGCGCCGUCACGCCCUUCGACUUCCUCCCCUGCUUCUCCUCCCGGGUCCACCCGCACGGCGGCGCCGGCGCCGGCGGCCACGUUGCCCUCAAGGCCAUCGGUUUCAUCUUUGCCACGGUUGAAGCUGGUAGCGUGCUUAAUCAUAGGCCGUCCACUGUGGCUGCAGCUGCAAUCUUGGCUGCAACCUAUGGACCUCUGCUGACCAAAGAAGCACUGGGUUCCAAGAUGAGCUACCUUUCUCCAUCUUGUCUUAUUGAGAAGGAGCAUGUACAUGCCUGCUACAGUAUGAUGGUUGGGGACAUGAACAGGAGAGGUAGCAAGAGAUCAUUGCCAUGUUCAGGCUCCAACGAGAUUGCCACUAGUACAUAUCAUUCUGUUCUUGUUGAUGAUGAUGUUACGGACACCGCCACCGCCUUUGCGACGGCAGUGGCGGCGAGGAACAAGCGGAUCAGGCUGGAGCUGACGGGCAUCCGUUGA